CUUCCCUUCUGCCGAUCUAGUCCAGGAGUGACUAAGCAUAAGGCGAUAACCUUCUUAAGAAUGAAUUAUAGAAUUUUUGUUUCGGUCUUUUGAGGACGUAAAGAGCUUGGUGGCAGAGGCAUCGCGGCAUCACAGAGGACGGGAAACAAAGAGCACUCGGGAACUGAAUAUGGCAACGGAACCUUAGGACACUGGGUUGGAAAUCGAGUAGGAAGGAAGAGAGACUGCACCUGUUGGGACACGUGACUAGAAGUUAGAUUCCCUGCGCUGGGUGUAGAAGACAAUUUGGUUUGAGAAGAACUAAGAGAAAGAACUUGUCUCUGUAGACAGAAAAUUAUUUUUUCCACUUCAGUACAGUGAGUCUGUGCCCAGCCUUCAUGAAAGCCAAAAGAGAAACAAAGCGCCUUUUUGUAGGUGGCCUCAGCCAGAACAUUUCUGAGGCAGACCUACAAAGUCAGUUCAGCAGAUUUGGAGAAGUUUCUGAUGUGGAGAUCAUCACUCGGAAAGAUGACCAAGGAAACCCACAGAAAGUCUUUGCAUAUAUCAACAUCAGAAUAGCAGAAACAGACCUGAAAAAAUGUAUGUCUGUUCUAAAUAAAACAAAAUGGAGAGGUGGAACACUACAAAUUCAGCUAGCAAAAGAAAGUUUUUUGCACAGAUUGGCCCAAGAGAGAGAAGAAGCAAAAGCAAAGAAAGAACAAUCAACAAUAGGCAACACCAGCUUGUUAGAAAAGAUGGAAGUGGUGGAUUUCCACGUGAAAGCUGUACCAGGGACAGAAAUACCAGGGCACAAAAAUUGGGUCGUGAGUAAAUUUGGAAGAGUCUUACCUGUCCUUCACCUAAAGAAUCAACAUAAACGUAAAAUCAUAAAGUAUGAUCCAUCAAAGUACUGCCACAACUUAAAGAAAAUAGGGGAGGAUUUCACAAAUGUCAUCCCUAUAUCUAACCUCACUUGGGAAUUGGAAGGAGGAAAUGAUCCUAUGAGCAAGAAACGGCGAGGAGAAUUUUCUGACUUUCACAGGCCAACUAAGAAGAUGAUAAAAGCACAGAAGGAUGAGAGUUCCACUGUGUCUGUGGCUACGAGACCAAGACGCAAUAGAGUAAUAAUAGAGAGUCCACACUUAACACAGCAACAGGCCACACAAGAUACACCUAAUGAUCUCAUUACUCCUAAAUUACCUCAUGUACCUGAUUCUGAUAGUCAGAAAGUUAAAAAUAUAUUUUUUCAGACUUUUGAUUUGGAAACUCCUAGGAACAAAAAUAGCAUGUCUGAUGAUACUGAUUCUGAAGAGGAAUUAAGACUAAUGAUCGCAAGAGAGAAAAACUUGGAGAGAACUGCAUGGUCCUCAAUAAAGGAAUCUGAAAAUGAUCCCUUUGAAGUUGUAAGGGAUGAUUUCAAAUCAGAUAUUCACAAACUUUGUUCUUUAACAGGUUUAGGCAUCAAAAAUAAUGUCUCUUGCCUUGAUAGUGAAGAUAAUGUGAGAAAUGAUUGCAACUCUGAUUCAGGAGACACAGAUGCAAUCAUUGCAAUGAAAAAAAAUGCUGGUAAGGUCAAAAAUAGUACAGAAUUUUUACAAAUGGAAAAGCCUGUAUAUAAGAAAACUUUGAAAAGUAGAAAAAACUAUAAAUUUUCUCGUCAUCAUAUUAAAGUACAAAAAAAAGACAACGUAGAGCUAGCUGUCAGUCAUAGAGCUAAGCGUCUUGGUUGUAAAUCUCUGUCUGAUUCCAGUAGCACUGAAGAUGCUGAUUCUGUGUCAGAAUCAGCUGAGUCUGAGAAAUACAAGUAUAAUGCCAUGAUGAAAAACUGUCUCCAUGUGACUCUCACUUUAGCUGAUUUGGGACAGUUGGCUGGCAGUGACCUGAAGGCUCCAAAAGAAAAUACUGAGAGUGACGGCUGGGAAACCACUGCCAAGUGUGACAGAGCCUCCAAGAGCCAUAGGACUUCUAGUGGCCUCCACAGAGGUCAACAAUGUAUUCAUCCUGAGGAGAUUUUGGCUUCCCUUUUUAAAGAAGAGAACACCCCUGGAAAACAGAAACCAAAGGAAAACAACUUAAAGCAAAAAUUCCGGGCAUUCAAAGGAGUAGGCUGUCUCUACAGGAAGGAAUCACUGAAAAAAAUCUUGGAAAAAACUGUUGCCUCUAACAAUAUUAAUAAAAAUCAGAACUCCUUAAAACUUGAGGAUCCCACUAGCAUGUCCAUGGACAAAGGGUUCCCAGAUGCUAAUGGUUCAUCAAGUGAACUAACUACUUUCCAACGUGCAAAGAAAGCAGAUGACCCAAACCAUAUUCACCCUCAAAGGAGACAGUCUACUUAUGAGAGCCAAGAUCACAAAGUAGUGUCCCCAAGCAGUUCAGCAGAAAAAGGAAGUACAAACCCUAUUUCUAGUCUAUUACUAUCAAAAAAGAAGAAAUCUUUAAGUCUUGGUGCAGAGACUCUCAAGAGAGGCUUUGAUGAAGACUGUUGCCACAGGCCCGCAAAGACAGGAAAGGGCUCCGAAAAGAGGCCUGAUCUAAACAGCCACAUGGCCCCUAAAAAAUCACCAGAGGUCUCUAGGAGAGACCCUCAGGAAAGUGAAACUGGCUUUUCACUUUCUCUUAAUAGUUCAUCAGAUGUUAAUGUUAAGGAUAAGCAUGCUGAAGAUAAUCAGAAGCGUUUGGCAGCCUUAGAGGCAAGGCAGAAAGCGAAAGAACUACAGAAGAAACUGGUUCAUAAUGCUCUGGCAAAUUUGGAUGGUCAUCCAGAGAACAAGCCAACGCAUAUCAUCUUUGGUUCUGACAGUGAAAGUGAGACAGAGGAGACAUUCACUUGGGAACAGAGCCAUCUGGUAGAGAAACCACUGAAAGAGUCCUUGAGUAGAACAUCUGGGAAGCUAUUUGACAGCAGCGAUAAUGAGGAAUCUGAUUCUGAAGAUGACAGUAAUAGGUUCAGAAUUAAACCUCAGUUUGAGGGUAGAGCUGGAAAGAAGCUCAUGGAUUUGCAGUCUCGGUUCGCUACUGAUGACAGAUUUCGCAUGGACUCCCGAUUUCUAGAAAGUGACAGUGAAGAGGAACAGGAAGAGAUAAAUGAAAAGAAAACUGCUGAGAAAGAAGAGCUUGCUGCAGAAAAAUCGAAUGCCCUGAAUGUCAUGCAGAAUAUUUUGCAUAUUAACUUAAGCAGUUCUACAAGCAAAGGAUCAGUAGCUGCUAAGAAAUUUAAGGACAUCAUACACUAUGAUCCAACAAGGCAUGACCAUGCCACUUACGAAAGAAAGAGAGAUGAUAAACCAAAAGAAAGUAAAGCAAAGCGAAAAAAGAAAAGAGAGGAAGCUGAGAAGCUACCUGAAGUGUCUAAAGAAAUGUAUUAUAACAUUGCUAUGGAUUUAAAAGAAAUAUUCCAAACUAUAAAAGAUUCCAGUGAAAAGGGAGACGUGCCCUGGAAUGAAGACUGUGACAGAGAGAAAGCUGAGGAAGACCACGACCCUGCAGCUCUGAUGACUAGGGCUAAGCAGCCCAGCGGGUUCACAUUCUCCUUUUUUGAUUCAGACACUAAAGGUGUAAAGGAAGAUACCUACAGAGUUGAGACAAUGAAACCUGGUAAGGCUGCCUGGCAGGGAGCUCCUCGUUUCCAAGACAGCAGUUCAGAAGAAGAAGAUGUUACAGAAGAAAUAGAUGACAGAACUCCCAGCCCUGGAGAAGUAUCAUUGCCUGGAAAAGAGACUGCUAGAUUUUUCUUUUUCUCUAAGAAUGAUGAAAGACUUCAUAUAGGUUCUGGCUUAUUCUGGAGAGGACUGGGAGGCAAUAUUAGCAGGAAUUCUUGGGAAGCCAGAAGAAACAACUUGCUUAUGGAUUGCCGGAAGAAACAUAAAGAUGCCAAAAGGAGAGUGAAACCAAAAUAAUAAGUGUCAUUAUUGGUUUCGAUACUGAUUGUGAACAAGAAAAUAAUUUCAACAGAUAAGAAUUCAGAGUGAAGGAAUAUUCAAAAUAUAGCUGAUGAAUAUCAUUCUGGUUGCUGUCUUUUUCUAUGGAUUUCCCCUAUUUCUUCUUAAGUAAUUACUUCAAAAAAAUUAAUCUGAACUUUUUUUUAAUGAAGCACAAAAUAGUCUCUCAAAAAACACUUUUUAUGUAUUAUCUCUUUGCCUUCCAUCCUCAAUAACUAAUGGGCAUCUUCUGAUGCAAGGUUUACAUAAAGCCUGUUUAAAUAAAUGGGUCAGAGCACUUGUGUUUUCCAAA